CAGAGUGGAGCGGCUAACGGCUAACAGCUAACGGCUAACAGCUAACGGCUAACAGCUAACAGCUAACGGCUAACAGCUAACGGCUAACAGUCUGUCAGCUUGUUUCUGUGAGAACUUAACAUCCAGACGUUCGAGGACUAAAAUCAUUCAUCCUUCACAUAUAGAGUUAAAAACACCAGGAUGUAGAAAGUGUCUUAAAACUGCAUAAAAAGUCAGUUUAUGAAGCUUCUGGCUACAAACAAAGGGGAGACGUUCAACAACAUAUAUAACACAUCUAGUUGUUUUAAUGUGGAACAGUUCCAUAAGCCUUUAACAGAAUAUUGUACGGGGGAACACCAACGCUGGUGUGUUUUAAUCUGUGGAGCAUCUCGUGACUCCUGCACACUGUGAGCUGUGUAGUUUAUGGGAUGCAGGAGGGUGUGUGUGCAGAGUGUGUGCAGAGUGUGUGCAGAGCCUCUGUGUGCAGGCGGAGGAGGAGAAAUCAGUUUGAGCAGCGGUGCCACAGAUCAGCGGGACACAUGCUGGGUCAUCCCACCUCUGCCAUGUGAUUCUCAUUACUGCAACUCGGGGAAGAGUUCAGCUGUGGAAGCCUGAAGGAGCUUCUGAUUGGAUAAAGAGUUUGGUGAUACGUAGGAGAGUAUUUCUCCUGCAUUAUAAGCUCCCUCGUCCACAGCCAUCGAAGUGCAAACUAAAUGCAUGCGGCGAGCGACAAUACAUGAAGCAAAGAAAAGGCAACGCCAGCGUCCGCCUCUCCCCUCCAGCAGGGGGCAGCGGUGUGCAGGUCCACCAUGACUACGAGAGCGUGGCUGUCACGAUGCAUUCUGGGAAUGGUCACGCGAUCACAGAGAACGGCUCCCACAGCAGGAGAGACGGUCCAGCAGGAAAGACGUCCUCUGUGCCGGACCUCAUCUCCAACGGCCCGGACGAGAGGUCCAGCCUGAGAGACGGGAGUCAGAGGAACUCCUCGUGGAUGAUGGAUUCCAGCAGCCAGGCGUAUUCAGGGCCGGAGGACAACUCCACGGACCCACACGAGGCCCUGACGGAGACGUCCACUCUGACCUUCGUGGACGUCCACGAAUCGGCGGAGAACUACAGCCUCCACGGGGUGGAGACGGUGCACCUGAAGGAGUUUGUGCUGAUAGACGACGAUGACGAUGGAGACAUGUCGCUGAGGGAGAAAACUGUGACAGACUUGUCCGUCAUGGAUGGAAAAGCAGCCGAGCUGGUGUGCGAGAGGCUGCUGUCCACCUCCAGCGGCUCGCUGUCAGAGAGCGAGGACGAGUCUCCGGCUCCUGACGCGCCUUCGCACGAGGAAGUGGAGACCGCACGAGAGAAGAGACGCUGCUGUCUCUGCACCGUUUCAUGAGCGCGCUGCAGUUGGCGUCGACAGACUGUCGUGUACGGGAGAGUGUUCGCGCCGUGCAGUAAGGGAACUUUUAGUACGAGCUCUAAAGCUGGUCCAUCGACUUUUAGUUUUAACAUUUCGACUUCAUUCUCAACAUGCAGAUUUUAAAAGUAUCCCCCUCAUGCCCCCCCCCCCCUCAUGUUUAAAAAGCCG